GAGAGAGAUCAGCAUCAUCUCCCACCAGAGCCUGCCCAGCACCUGCAGAGGAGCCAGAAGGAGACCCCAUCUUCCCUGCAGGUUUUGGAGAUGCUUGGGAUGGGUGGUGCAAAGCUGGGAAAGAUUUGCACUGAUGAAUUCAGUUGAGGCUUUGGCCAUCAUUUCCAUUCCCUCACUAGCCACCCUGAGGGAGGUGAGCACCUACACUGGUCCUUUCCAGGGCAUCAGCUCAGCCCUGGGGAGAGACUGGGACAGAGCAGACCCUGAGCACGAGGCCAAGGGAGUGUUCAGAGAGUUCUGAACCCCUUUGGAGCAGCCCUUCACAAAGCCUGGUGUAAAAAGGGCCCUGCAGCGCUGGCCCUCGCAGCCUGCCUGCAGCCAGGCGCAUUUUGCCCUGGCUAUCACCGCAGCUUUAGCAGCCAUCCUGUUGCUAUUUUCUUGCCUGGCCCCCGUGGCCAUUGGCGUUUAGGUUUCAGUGAUCAUUCAGCAAGCAGCCCCCAUGCAGCCCACCCGGUGCAGGUGCUGGAGGGGGACACGUCCCCCCUUUUACAGCUGGGAGGGGGGCGGCUGGUGGCUCCGUGGAGCCAGGAGCCGAUGACAAUGGGCAAUUGUCAAAUUGGGGCCCCUCUCGUUUGAGUUUUCUUCCUUUUAUAGUAAGUAGCAGUUGCUCCAGCAGCUGGCCUGCCCCUCCAGGGUGAGCUCUGGGCUCCGUAUAUAAGGGAAGGAGCAGCCCUUGCUUUUCAUCCCUCCGAUCGCUCCCGGCUGGGCGCAGGACUCAUCCCGCACCUCCGCAAAUCGCAGCGCGAUGCCGCUCAGGAAACCCGAGCCGAAGAAGGAUGCAGCCAAAGCAGCUCCAGGCUCGGAGCCUGCCUUCGAUCCCAAGAGCGUGAAGAUUGAAUUCACGGCAGAGCAGAUUGAAGAGUUCAGAGAAGCCUUCGGGCUGUUUGACCGGACGCCUGCGGGGACGAUGCAGAUCAGCUACGGGCAGUGCGGGGACGUGCUGCGGGCGCUCGGCCACAACCCCACCAACGCUGAGGUCCUCAAGGUGCUGGGCAAGCCCAAACCAGAAGAAAUGAACACAAAGAUGCUGGACUUUGAGACCUUCCUCCCCAUCCUGCAGCACUUCACCCGCAACAAGGAGCAGGGCACCUUUGAGGACUUUGUGGAAGGGCUUCGAGUCUUUGACAAGGAGGGCAAUGGGCUGGUCACACUGGGUAUGGCUGGGGCUCUGUGCCAUGUGCUGGUCACUCUGGGAGAGAAGAUGACGGAAAGCGAGGUGGAGCAGCUCAUGGCAGGGCAGGAAGACGCCAACGGCUGCAUCAACUACGAAGCUUUUGUCAAGCACAUCAUGUCUGGAUGAAGAGAGAAACUUCAGGUGAGUGCAGUGACAAUUCCUGCUGCUCACUCCAGAACUGGAAAUCCUGCAAGUAACAGCAAGGACAGAGAAGCCCAAAUCCAAACCUGCAGUGGAUUAAUGCCACAGGAAUAAUCCCAGCUCUGAAGGCACAAAAGUUACGUUGACGAUAAGGAAUUUAAUUUGUAACUCCUCCCAAUUAAAAUUUAAAAUCUAUAAAAUUAAAAUUUAAAUUUUAAAAUUUAUAUGGACAGCCCCUCUGAUGGUCAUUUGUGGUCUGGGUAAUUGUGUGGAGUCUCUUCUUGGAAAGAAAGAGGGGGUUGAUGGUCCUAUUUUCUAACCUGCCAGAAGCUGAAGGGGUCAACAACAGCCAGUGGGAAUCAAUAGCUUUAAAUCUGCAUCAGUGAAUGACUCGAUACUAAGAACAUAUUAACUACUUAGAGAGGAAAUUUCCAAACUGAGGAAUACAUUUCCCAUUAAUGUUACAAAGAAUGUGGAAAGUGUACCAAGGAUGUUUGUUAAACUUUUUCGUGUUCCUUGAGAUCUUCCUGGGAAAACAGAGGAACAUUGCUAAGGGGAUGAGGUUUCUUUAAGGGUGAAUUAUCCCUCAAAAAUCUAUUCAAUUGAAAAGAAAAUCCAAAUUGCUGCCUGGCCCCAGCCUCCCCUGCCAAUUUCUUAUGAUUUCAUGAUCUAUUUACUUCUUUAAAAUAUUUCUCGUACCUCUCAGCUAUGUAAAAGGCAGGAGGCUGGGGGGGAGGGAAGUAAAAAUGACCUUCAGAUAUGGUUAAAUACACAAAUUAAACAUUUAAAAAUCUCUCCCCUCUCAAAAUCUCUUUAGACAUCAGAAAGUUAAAACACAGACAGACAGAAGUCUGAACUUUGAAUGUUCAGCAUCCUUUUUAUCUUCUUUUUAAUCCAUUUCUCUCCGGUUCCUGUUCAUCAGCUCAGCAAUACAGAUGGUUGAGUGGCAAAUGCCAGGAGAUUUAAUUCUUCACAUAACUAUUUGCAUAUAAAACUCUUUUUAAAAUGGUCUUGAAUUACAGCUCUUGACAUUUUGGGUUCAUCUGAGAAGGAAUACUCUGAAUACUCUCAACCCAAAGAUUCUUUGCAUCCAGUCCUCUCCUGCUUGUCUCCCAGGCUCUCAGAGGCACCAUGUUGAGGUUCCUCCAGCCAUGUCCCUUCCCUGGGAUGUUUGGCCUGAGCCCUCCUGAAGCGUUGCCCACCACAAGCCUGGUAUUCAAUGACAUAUCUGCAACUAGGUUUUAAAGUUACUCUUUCAGGUUUUCCCUGUGACAUUUGUCUCAUUAAAUUUCAUUCCUUCCUCCCUUACAUGGUUUGUCUGAUUUUACCCAUUGACACGGUGGGGGAGGAGACCCCUCGGGAUUUGUGGGCCAGGUCCAGCCUCAGGGUCCCUGGGCUGUGGGUGAUGUCCUGCCUGGGAUGGAGCCCAGCCAGGGUGGGCUCCUGCAUGGUUCUCCUCCAGGCAGAUGUUGGUGUGUUCCAGCCAGGAGCUGUGUGACUCAAGCUGGUGACUCUCUCCCUCUUCCUAA